GGUGGCCUGUGUGCGUUUCCGUGUCUCUUCCUGGUUCUUCUGUGGAGGCAAAACUUUUCACGGCCUGGACACGUCCGGGGCAGUGUCUUUAUUCGACUGAUGUAGCGUUCCGAAUUUUAACUAAUCAAAUAAUUUCCAAUCAAUCGACCCCCAGCUCGCUCCAACCGAGCUGACAGGAAGUUUGAAGCCAUGGCCGACCGCCGAGAAGAGGAGCAGAAAGACGCGGAGCAGGAGCCUCAAGGCGCCGUGGGUGGGGAAGACGUCAUCGAUGAUCCCAUCCUGGAGCAGGGAGCAGUAGUCCUCAGAGGGUAUGUGAUUGAACGCAUUAACACUGAGGAGCCCGGUCGACAGGUGUCCUCUGAGGAUCUGGGAGGACGGUCGAAUGAGCAGCAGGAUCCACAAGUCAAAGAAGUGGUGGAGCAGCUGCUGAAGAUCGCUGACGAGCUGAACAGGAACGCUGAGCUGCAACAACUGAUCAGCCAGGUGCCGGGAAACUGUGCUCAAGACAUUUUCAUGACGGUGGCCAGAAGCAUCUUUGCCGACGGUAUCAACUGGGGUCGAGUUGUGGCUCUAUUCCAUCUUGCCUACAGACUCAUCUAUAAGGCACUGACGACUAACCAUCUAGAGAACAUCAGAAUGAUCAUCAGCUGGGUUCUCCAGGUCAUCAGAGAACAGCUCUACGCCUGGCUGGUCCAGCAGGGCGGCUGGGCGGGGGUGAUCCGUGGCUUCUCUCGUUGGAGGACAGUAACCAUACUAGCAUCUGUAGUAUUGGUGGCAGCUAUAGUUUACUACAGGAAGACACGCUGAGAGCCUCGGACCUCGGACCUCACAGCCACAGCUGCAGCACUAUUGCCUGGGUAAACGCAGCUGGCUAAUAGAGACAGUUUUUGGAAUACAGUGGUAACCACUCCUAAGACUCAAGUACCGAACUUCAAGGGAUAAACCUCUCAUCUUCUCAGGAUUUCAAGAACAGAAAAGUGCCUUUACAGUCUGCUGUCCAGCAGCAACAUUUCACUUCAUUUCAUUGAACAUGUUCAGCUGCAACCCCAACAGCAGGUUUCCCCUUUCGUGUAGCAGAUGAUGGUGUUUAUGAGCAUGUGUCGAGCUGUAGAUUUUUGACCUAACCCAACCUGAGCCAGGUCUUAGGGUUAUUUUGAUCUUUACUUGGUUGUGGGUCGUUACAGUAUGGAUUGGACGUGAGACAGCAAGAAAAAAGUCAGAGAAACGUCACACUAUAGCUAAAUUUACUGCAUCCUAGGUAUGAACAUGAAGAUUCAACAAAUCACAGAGCCCAGUGUGGUAUUUUCUUCAAGUUAUCAAAACAAGAAAAACAAAAAACAAAAUGUAACAGUAAACAACUUGACUUGUCAAAACACAACAAGCACCAGCAUGACUUCCUGAAACCCUCAUGCUGAAUAUUGUGUACAUUUUUACAUUUGAAUUAGAACAGUCAACUAAUUUAUUAAAAACAAUCUUGAUUCAUCGCAAUUACAUUUUUGACCUCAGGUCUAAAAUCACAAUAUUAACAUUUCAAACCGAUUUUAAAUCCAGAUUAACAAUCUCAAGAGUUCUCCCUAAUGCCUUGUUUUAAAUUGAGCGACUGCAGUGAUAUAGAUUCCCUGUGGAAUCCAUCAAUCAGAGAUUUGAUUAUUCUGGAUUUAACAACCAGUUGUUGUGAUGUUUCACCUCCACCUGCAGUUUUUAAGAUUUAAGAGGCAGGUAUGUUGAUGGGCGCUGUGUUUUUAGCGUAUUUUAGUUGCAAAGGCAGUUGCCAGGUAUGACGUCGCUGAGGUCCAUACUGUGCGUUAUUCCUCAUUUGAAACAGUGAUUUAUAGACAUAUAAUCAUAGGAUUAUUUAUUGAUGUACUUGAUGAUAGGCGAUUGCACAGUUGGCAGCAGCAGAGCAUAUCUCUCCUUCUUUGCAUGCAGGUUGGUCAUUGUGGGUUACUCUGUUUCUGUCUUUCUGAGGCUUGUUUUAGCUCUUCAUUUUUCUGGUAUAUACAUAGUUUGAUUUAAAGAUUCAAAGUUGUAGAAUAGGAUACAAAUGGCUGUUUUAAAAAAGGUAACUAAUCAUUAGAAAAUGUUCCAGAAAAGACAAAAAUCGAUGCAGAAGAAUUCAUCAAAUAGCAGGAAUGUUUUUUUUUUGUUCCUGGGGAAAAUUAGAACAUAAAUACAGUAGACUAGGAGGUGCUGAAAGAAAUAUCAUGCCCAUUUCUGACCUUGAAAUGUCAGCAGAAUUUUUUUUUAACACUGACAGCCCUGAUUUAAUACAUUCAAAAGUCGAGCCUCAAUAUAAGUCAAAAUGUCUCCUGACCGUCAAAAUAAAAGUACCAGUGACCAAAUUCAUCCAAAAAGACCAAAAUUCUACAAGACAACAAAACGGGACCCAAUUAAAGAUUUCCCAAAAACUUUCUUUUAAAUUUGCCAAAAAGUUAAAACUCAGUUAUUUGAUGUUUUCUACUAAAUGCCUUUUUGGAGGGUUUUUUGACUCGGUUUUAAAACCCAGUCUUGCUUUGGAGAACCUUUGCUUUUUAUUUAAAUAUAAUACAGUAUGUUGAUUUUUCUAAAGUUGUUCAUGCAAAAAAAAAAAAGGACUUUAUCUUGAAAACCUUGGACACUGGAAAGUCUCCCCACCUCACAUCUCCACAGAUUCAGUCACUCUGACAUUACGCUGCCAACAAUGUUUUGAGGAAGAUGACCGAUGUUACAUCCGCACUAGCUUUCAAGUCUGCUGCCAUUUUCAGUAGCAACAGCAAGGGUUAAAGAUAUGAAAGGUGUGAUGUUUGGACUGGUUUUUCUUACACACUGUGUUUCUCUGCUAAUGCAGUUGACAAACAAAAAGCAUCUUUCAUCACCGCUUAGACAGACAUGAACACAACCUUCAGCCCUGAAACAUUCCCAACAUGUGCCGGCAUCUUACUAACCUGCUGAAAUACUUUAAACCUCGGACACCGGUUAUAAAAUCUUGGUGUCUCUGUCUCACCUAAUGUGAAUGUGAAAAUAGGGCAUUGUGGGAAAGGUUUUCAGGGGGUGAAAUGUUUAGAUUUUUCUUAAAUCUGCAUUAAGUCAGUCUGUUAGCUAUAUAAUGUGGUCAGCUGACCUGACUCUGGACUGUGAACACGCCUGCUUUGCACACUGGACUGAAUCUCACAGAUACAUUCAUUUUAGCAUUAACGUAACCUGCUUUGCUAACAAAAGUAAGAACAAACUGGUGCUUUGAGGACAGGACACAGAUUGCACAGUUAAUGUUGUCCUGUUAUCUGUCUCUCUGCAGUCUUCCUGUUGUGGGUACACACAGCCGGUUGCACAAAACAUGUCACAGAUGUUAAGUCGUCCGUCGCCUGUGUUAGUGUAAUAUUUGUUUAAUUGAGGAUGCUCAUGCAGCAGCAGAAAAUGUGGUUAGCAGGUUAAUGACACACCAACACCAAAGGUGAUAUAUCAAUAGGCAGGAGCUUAUUUGUUAUUUGAAAACAAUGCAGUUCAGUCUCUAUGUGCAGUAUUUAGACUUCUCACAUCACAGAUUUUAACAAAGAUGGAUGUUUAGAUUUUUUUUAAACCUCUUCUACUUUUUUAAGAAAACUCUUCUAUCUACUUCUUUUUGAAUUUGCUCAUUUGACAGUAUAUUAUACAGUUAAAACAGGAGGAAACAGACACGGCUUUGAAAACUUCAAACUAUGAAAUGCCUAUGCUUUCUUCUGGGGUCUUCUGAUUUAUUAAAUGAUUUCUUUGGGGGCAGUCAGUAGUUUUUAGCUGAUGUACUGUAGGUGCUAUGAUCUAGUGCCACAUACGCUUCUAUCAAGUAUUUGUACUAUUAAAAUGAUCGUGUAAUGUUAAAAGGGAAGCUGUACUAUUUAUCUGCAGAUUUGAGGUGCUUGUUUUUUGUACUUUGACCUGCUUAUUUAAUUGUUGGUAAAAAGCUCUGAUAGAAAAGUUCUGUGAAUAAAUCUGAAAUGUGUUAUACCACA